AUGGUUUCGUGUGCAGAGAAAUAUGCCAACAAACAGCAUAUUAUCGCUGAUCGUCUACGAUUGACUUCAAGUCCAUUGGUGCGUGCAUGUUUAGGCGAAUUCAUGGGUUCAAUCAUUUUGAUGAUCUUCGGUAGUGGUGUGCUAGCACAAGUGAUCCUGGGUGAUCAUGGCAGACAUGCUCAUGGAACAUUCAUUUCAAUCAGUAUGGGAUGGGGUUUCGCAGUGUACAUGGCAGUGAUGUUCUCAGGACAGUGUGGUUCUGGACACUGUAAUCCAGCCGUAACUCUGGCAGCUGCAGUCGUCGGUAAACUGCCAUUCCGUCGAAUACCGUUUUAUACAUUCUUUCAAAUACUCGGUGCUUUCCUCGGUUCAUUGGUUGUCUUCGCCUUAUAUCGUGAAAAAAUCAUAGAAUAUGCCGACUUGCAUGACAAUGGGAAGUUGUUGGUGAAUUCCACAGGUGGUAUAUUCGUCACUAAUCCUUCGGCAUCUCAUCUCACAUGCUUUCUCGAUCAAAUUCUCGGCACUGCAUUGUUGACAGCAGGAGCGUUCGCCAUCACCGAUCCAAAUGGAUGGAAACUUCCUGACUACUUACACCCACUACAUUUGGCAUUUAUGGUCUACGCUAUUGUUGGUUGUUUCGCAUUGAAUGCUGGAGCUGCUCUAAAUCCAGCUCGUGAUUUAGGACCCAGACUCAUGAUAUUUAUAUUCGGUUGGGGUAACCAAGCAUUCAGUGGAGGAAACUACUUCUUCUGGAUACCGAUAGCUGGACCGUAUAUUGGUGCUGUGAUCGGUGCAGUCUUAUACGAAUUGACUAUCGGUAUACAUUUGGAUAGGAAAUCCGAUUUCGUUGUGGACAUUGAUUAUGAAGAAUCACAACGCGAUAGUAAGAAGUUGAUGGCGUCUGCAUCACCGUAA